GAAAGGGGGGAUGAGUGGGAGGAGUCUGGCAACACAUCGCGAGGGUUCAGCCGCAUCACGUACGUCUGCCAUAGAAACUCCGGCGUGUUGUAUUUUCAUUUAUUUAGAAAUCGUGACCAGUCAUGUCUGAUGAGGGGUUCGUUGUGCGAAUCAGGGGUCUACCAUGGUCCUGUUCUGUGGAUGAAGUACAGAGGUUUUUUUCAGGAUGCAAAAUUCUUAACAACAGCAGUGGGAUUCACUUCACCUACACACGAGAGGGGCGCCCUAGUGGAGAAGCGUUUGUGGAAAUGGAGACAGAAGAGGACUUGAAGAUCGCAGUGAAGAAGGACAGAGAAACUAUGGGUCACAGAUAUGUAGAAGUGUUUAAAUCCAACAAUGUUGAAAUGGACUGGGUCAUAAAGCACACUGGCCCAAACUGUCCAGAGACAACAGGAGAUGGGCUUGUGCGGCUCCGAGGCCUUCCCUUUGGCUGCAGCAAGGAGGAGAUCGUUCAGUUUUUCUCAGGGUUGGAAAUCGUGCCAAAUGGGAUAACAUUGCCGGUGGACAUCCAGGGGAGGAGUACGGGGGAGGCCUUCGUGCAGUUUGCUUCACAGGAUAUAGCUGAAAAGGCUCUAAAGAAACACAAGGAAAGAAUAGGGCACAGGUAUAUUGAAAUCUUCAAGAGUAGCCGCGCCGAGGUGCGGACACACUACGAGCCCCAGAGGAAACCUAUGGGCAUGCAGAGACCCGGCCCCUACGACCGGCCUUCAGGUGGUCGAGGUUACAACAUGAUGGGCCGAGGGGGAUCUUAUGAAAGAAUGCGCAGAGGCGGCUAUGGAGGAGGACAGUGUGUAUCAGACGCACGGUAUGGUGACGGCGGCUCGUCCUUCCAGAGCACCACAGGCCAUUGCGUCCAUAUGAGGGGUCUGCCAUACAGAGCCACAGAGACAGACAUCUACAAUUUCUUCUCUCCGUUGAACCCGGUGCGAGUCCAUAUCGAGAUCGGUCCAGAUGGGAGGGUAACCGGGGAGGCAGAUGUAGAGUUUGCAACACAUGAAGAUGCUGUGGCAGCCAUGUCCAAAGACAAAGCCAACAUGCAGCACCGCUACGUGGAGCUGUUCUUGAACUCAACAGCAGGUGGCAGUAAUGGAGCCUAUGGCAGCCAGAUGAUGGGUGGCAUUGGGAACCAGUCCUCUUACAGUGGGGGUCAGCUGGGUUCAGGCUACUCUGGAGGGUACAGCAGCCAAGGAAACAUGGGAGGCUACAGUGACUAUAGUAACCAGGGCGGAAUGGGAAGCAGUUACUACGGCGGUGGCGGUGGAGGAAGCAGAGGCUCGAUGAACGGACUCGGUGGGGGUUGGGGAAUGUAGUUUUGAGUUAGCUUUUUUUUUUUAAAUUCUCCUCCCCUUAAAAUCUUGUGUUUUUAACUCUGCAUCUUACUGGAAGGACUGGAAACGUCUCACCUUGUAAACGUAGGAUAGUCAGGUGAGGCUGUUUUGAGUACUGAGGGGUAUCAUUUUUAUUUUUCCAUUUAAGUGAAUUUUUUUUCAGAAAAGUGAGAUUUUGUUAAGAAACGUAUCUGAAGUGUCGUCUUCCCCCGCGUUCCUCACUGACCUCGCCAAAAACUGUACGUUAAACCUUCAUUACCUCUGUGUGGCUCUAUAUGUUCUCCAAACUCCUGGCUGUUGAAGUCGAAACACCGGUGGGAUUAACGAAGACUCGCUGCCUGGUAUUUUGUUUCAACCUCCUACAUGUUUAAGCUUUAUUCUGUUAUGGUGUUGAUCUGAGGACAGUUUUUUUAUGAGGGCUACAUUAAAGAGUUAAAAAAAUCUGCUACYAUGGAGGUUUUUACAGCUUCAAAUGCUUUUUGUAUUUCCUGUGCACAAAGUGAAUAAACUAGUCUGAAUAACUGAAAAAAA